CUGUCUAUCAGUCUAUCAGUCUAUCAGUCUAUCAGUCUAUCAGUCUAUCAGUCUAUCAGUCUAUCAGUCUGUCAGUCUAUCAGUCUAUCAGUCUAUCAGUCUAUCAGUCUAUCAGUCUAUCAGUCUAUCAGUCUAUCAGUCUAUCAGUCUAUCAGUCUAUCAGUCUAUCAGUCUAUCAGUCUAUCAGUCUAUCAGUCUAUCAGUCUAUCAGUCUAUCAGUCUAUCAGUCUAUCAGUCUAUCAGUCUAUCAGUCUAUCAGUCUAUCAGUUUGUACAUCUUUCUUUCUUUCUGUCUGUCUGCUCAUCCUCCUCAUCUUCACCUCCUGCCAUUGCAACUCCUACCGCAACCCCCUCAUCCCCCCACUGA